AUGUGGCACACCACUCCGUUGUAUUGUGGAAGGGAAGAAAUACGUCCAAGAUAUCUCUGUGGAAUCAUGUUUCUUCAUGAGCAAGGAAUUGUUCACAUGGACAUCAAGCCCGACAAUGUUGUUGUUGUGAAUGGGAUUGCUAAGAUCAUCGACUUUGAGCUUGCACGCACACUUGUGAAGAAUAAACACUUCAAAAGCUUUUGCUGCACACGAAGAUACCUUCCCGAAUCAAAAACACUGAGAGGAAUGUGUUAUGGGUCUGACAUCUGUUGUCUUGGAUACACAAUCCUUGAAUUAUUCACGUCUGGGUACAAUUUCGACUUACAGGAUUUACUUUUGAAUGAAAACAUACAACACAAAGGAUUUCUCCUCAAAAUGACAUGCGACGACUGCGAAAUGCGACCAUCUAUCGGAGAAGUAUACAACUACUUUAACUUGGUUUCUUUUUAA